GCCAUAAGAGAAUGUUGCGAUAUUUCUCUCAAAAGGGCUUAAGAAACCCAGUCGGGCUGGGUCAAGUUUUUCACAUUUGUAUCUUAUUUUCCAGGCCGCAUGUGUGUGAGUACAAGGCGAUCGAGUACCAGGAUCACGACAAACCCAAGAUAUCCAAGUUUCGGCACAGAGGCUUGCGCGUGUUCCGGUACGAGAAGGUGUUCCGGCCGCGGCACCACACGCUCUUCAUCUGCUGCGCCGGCUGGGCCCGCUCCGACACGGAGGGCUGCGUCAUUGACUGGAACGAGUGCGACCGUGACAACGGAGGCUGCUCGCACGACUGCCUCAAUACACCGGGCUCCUUCCUGUGUACUUGUCCGCACCAGAUGCGGCUGGCCGGCGACGGCAGACGCUGUCUCGGAGCUAGCGAAUGCUUGAACAAUAACGGCGGCUGUGCUCACAUCUGCGAUGAUUCCACGGAAGAGGUCAAGUGUCGAUGUCAUCUCGGGUAAGAACAUAUUCAGAGAGUGCUUUUUGGUCGUGUUUGGAGCCAGCUGCUGUUAGUGUGGAGUAUGAGGAAAGACAAUGCUACGCUGUCCCU